GAAAAAGGGUGGGAGGGGGCUUGGUCACAGUACACGGAAAUGACCACGAGCAUCCUUCCUGAGCAGCUCCCUGUAACACCUGGAUCAGCAGAGCAUGGGCUUGAAGAUGAGCCGAUUGAACCACUGUUCACCCAGAACAACCGGUGCUCACAGCUUUACUGCACCGUUUGUUUGUGAGUGAAAGCAUCCCUGUCCUCUCCUCCCGUUUGCCAUCAGCACUAAUCCAGCACAGGUUCAUGAUGAGCCAGGAGUGUAUUCCAAAAAAACCACAGCAUGGGACAUAAUGGAUGAGAUGCCAGUUAAUUACAAGGCACAACAAACACACACAGCCUCUUCUGCUCUCUUCGCCCUCACCAUCAUUAUCAUCAACCAAUCAUCUAUCGUCGACAGAGGUCUGGAGAGUUUGGAGAUGACCACCUGGGACAGAGGUCUUGGCUUUUCGAAUUGCUGUGUCCUUAACAUCAGGAUGUAAACAUUCACCAAAGAAACAAGCAGGAUGACCAACGUGGAUUUGUCCAGCUUAAUUAGCAUGGUGCACUAGCGAGGAACCCGAUUCGACUGUGUCCAAUCAGGCUGUCACCACAGGGUCAUCUCUGCGACAUCGCAUCAUUUCCUGCCCUGGUGUAUCUGUCAUGAGGGCCUCCAGGGGUGGAUUAGUGGAGAAAAGCCUCACCUGUUUGGGACCUCAGCUUGGCUCCAGCCUCCCGCUAUGACUUCGGACACGGAACUGGAUGCUGCCGCCAAGCUGGAUCAGGAGCGGGCUGACAUCGUGUCCAAGUAUGACCAGGGGAAAGAGGGUGCUGUGGUGGAGCCUUGGGAGGACGCCAACUUCCACCUCUACAAGGUGAUCGACAGGUUUGGCUUCCUGCACGAGACUGAGCUGCCAUCCUACGACUCCGUGGAAGAAAAGCAAAAGCACCAGGAAGUGGAGAGGACUGCGAAAUGGCUGAAGAUGCUGAAGAACUGGGACAAGUACAAGAGCAGCGACAAGCUGGUGAGGAGGAUCUACAAGGGCAUCCCUCUGCAGCUCAGGGGUCAAGUGUGGUGCCUCCUACUGGACAUCCCCAAAAUUAAGGAGGAGAAGAAGGACUUUUAUGAGAAGCUGAAGUUACGGGCAAGAGGGACUUCGCCGGACAUCCGUCAGAUCGACCUGGACGUGAACCGCACGUACCGUGACCACAUCAUGUUCAUGCACCGUUAUGACGUCAAGCAGCAGGCCCUGUUCCACGUCCUGACGGCCUACUCCGUGUACAACGCGGAGGUGGGCUACUGCCAGGGCAUGAGUCAGAUCACAGCGUUGCUCCUCAUCUACAUGAACGAGGAGGACGCCUUCUGGGCGCUGGUGAAGCUGCUGUCUGGGCAGAAGCACGCCAUGCACGGGUUCUUCAUUCCUGGUUUUCCAAAGCUGAUGCGGUUUCAGGAGCACCACGACCGUGUUCUGAAAAAGAUGAUGCCCAAACUCAAGCAGCACCUGGACAAUCAAGAAGUGUUCACCAGCCUUUACACCAUGAAAUGGUUCUUCCAGUGUUUCCUGGACAGGACCCCGUUCACCUUGACCCUCAGGAUUUGGGACAUCUACAUCCUGGAAGGGGAACGAGUUCUCUCCACCAUGUCCUACACCAUACUCAAGCUGCACAAAAAGCAUCUAAUGAAGCUCUCCAUGGAGGAGCUGGUGGAGUUCCUGCAGGUCACCCUCGCCAAGGACUUCUUCUUCGAUGACGACUUUGUCAUCGACCAGCUGCAGAACUGCAUGUCGGAGCUGAGGCGUUCCAAAUUGGAGCUGCCCGCCCCAGGUAAAGAGGAUGAGUUUCCGAAGAAGCCCAUGGGGCAACUACCCCCCGAGCCCCCAGCCUCUGUUAAGCACAUAAUCAAUGGGCAAAGCCUCAACAUCCAGCGGAGGGCGGAGCUGAAUCCAGCAGCCGGAGUCUCCCUGGAGCCGAGGACGGAUCUAGGGGUGGAGUCUGAGCACCAGAAGGAGCGCCGGGCCAGCAGCCGGGCGAGGAGGGAUUCUCUGGAGCGACUUGUGCGCCAACACAGGGCAGAGAAGAAGGAAGCUCUCUCUGGGAUGACUGUGGAGGCGGAGCCUGGAAGACAGCAGCCAAUCCCAGGCCAGGCAGCGUCUCAGGCUGCUGCAGCAGCCACCACUAAGUCACUAGACCAUACCUUGGCCAACCAUAACUCCAGUGUGACUUCCGGUACACACAGGGACAUUACGCCCCGUUGGGUGAAGCCCUCCGAGGACAAGCUGGCGGAGGUUGGAAGGGGACUUGCCCUGUCCUCCGGUCAGGGUGGUUUGCUGCUGCCCUCGCUGAAUGGAACUGAGGAUUCCCAUUCUAACCAGCGCUGGCCAGCUUCCAGGUCCCGCUUCUUCCGGCCACGAUUCAAUCGGGGCUCAAAUGCCUCACAGUACGACAAUGUGAGUGAGUCCGAGUUGGAAAGCCCAGUACAAGACGAGAUGGAGGGACCGCCCGGCCGGACUAUUCGAGAAGACAGGCAGCCUCUGCAGAAAAGCAACCCAACCCAAGCUCCCGGGAGCUCCAGAACCAGGCCACAGCCCCAGAAACAUGAGUAUCAGGUUGAUGGGCAGACCCAAAGGCUGGUGGAGUGUUCUGGUUCCUCCUCAUCCCAGCAUCCUCCAGCACAGCACAGGCUACAGGAGCAGCAGCAUAAUGCAAGCCUAGAAGAGCACCCUUACGGCCGCGCCCUACGCCCGAACAUGCGACCUUCCCUCAAUACAGCCUCCACAAGCGCCUUCUACACUAGUCAACCUACUGGGUCCCCUCCAGCACCGUCAGGGCACAGUGCCCAGCUAGACAGCACCUACCUGACACAGCCUACCAAACCUGUUGGCAUGUCCACCUACAAUCCCAGGGUUGACCACGGACAGGAGGGUUGCAUAGCACAGCCAGCACUCCGCAGGCCAGAGUGGCUGGGAGGUGGCAGGGAGUCAGCGGGCCUCACCGCCGAGAAUACCCAUCCGCCGUGGACCAUUCCUAAGUCACCCAGGUUCCAGAAGGCACAAACGUCCCCAGUGCAAGAGUUCAACUGCCCUGUUGGGACAGAGGGCCCUCUCCGAUACAGGGCACAGUAUCAGCAACCGGUGCCCCCAGUGUACGGAGGACCACGCUACAGGCACACUCAAGAUCCAUUCGCUAUGCAGGAGUCCAUGUUGAUCUGAAACACAGCCGGGACAAAAUAUUGCGAUUUUUCUGGUUUAUAUAACAUCUUUUCCGAAGCUGUGUUGGAACACCAUUAGCUUUUGUGGAUAGUAUUUUGAACUGACUGAUUUUUUUUGUCCUUAAGUGAUUGUUGGUAAUUAACAGCAGUGCAGUUAAUUUUCUGUGCUGUCAUAAUUUUAAAAGAAAUGUACAGUAAGACUAACUUUAAUAUACUGAACCAUUUACAGGUUCAUUGCUGACACUGAGGGCAUACCCUGCAUAUUUGUGUCUGUGUGUGUGUGUGUGUGUGUGUGUGUGUGUAUAUAUAUAUAUAUAUAUAUAUAUAUAUAUAUAUAUUCUCACACACACACCUUUAUUAUUUUUACUGGGUUUUAUUCAGAUGUCUAAUUGAGAGGUGAGUUUAUUUUAUAUGGAAAUAUAUUUUUCCCCCGAAUCGGAAAUAAAAUAUAGUUUCAGUGUUAUUGUAGCUCAGUAGUUUCAAAUACUGUCCUAUUUCAGUCAUGUUUCCACAGCUCGCAUCAGCCCUGUAAUCUUACAGAUCAAAUUAAGAUGUAGUAAAGAUGCCGCUUUUUGAUGGUGAAAAUAUAUAUUCAUUUAAUCACGAAGUAUCUUUAGCUGACAAGCGAACAUUGUUCAGUCCCUUUCUAUAGCCCGCAUAUUUUCUGCUGACUCCCUUGAAGAUAGUGUACUAAUCUGUCUAGAUGUUCCCAGUUCAAUUACUCUCACUGCCUGAUGCUGAACUCUAGAUCAUUAUUGUUAUUUUUAUCUGAAGAGUAAACAGGAUAUUUUUCCCCCUUAAGUACCAAUAAUGAUGUGCUGUAGACUCAAACUAGAUGCUAAAACAAUGUUACAGACCCAUAAUAUAGACUAAAUUAUUAUGAUAUUGCAGUUUGCAUUUUACAGUAUGUGUAACAGAUUAUAAAUAUCAGAAAGAUGUCUGGGUACACUAACCACAAUCGGAGUUUUCUGAGUAAAUUGUAAGUGCAGGUGUCUGUAUCUAACAUAGGCUAUAUAAAUUAACAUGUGUUUGUUAAUUAUCCAUAUUCACACAGAACUGACAGAUCACUGGUAAUACAGUAGUUAGACUUCACUUUUUGAUUAAAUUAGAUUUUACUGUCAUAAUUCAUAACUUAGAUUAUACUGUGUCAUGAUUCAAACCUAUAAAUGAGGGAAAAUGGAUUAGAGUUUUCGACUUUUAUAAAAGUGAUCAUGAUAAUCCAUGUCAGAAGGGUUGAUUGAAAUGUUAGUUUACAAACCCUGUCGUAGCUCAGUGUCCUCCCUGGCAUGGAGCUGAUCACAUUAACUUUUAUUUUUCUGAAAUAUGACAGUAAGUAGGCCUUUGUGAGAAGAGUCAGUGCCCUUUCCUUAAAAGGAUGUUUAAGACGCUACACUCAUUUAAGGCAGACUAUAGCAUAUUUUGACUAUAGCAUGUUUCCUGUUGGUUUAAUUCUUAUGCAAAUCAGAAACAGCCCUACACUUGUGUGGUUCACGAACUAGUAGUUCCUUUUGAAUUAUUCCUUUAAGUGAACGAAAUAAUCUUGGUUGUUUAGCCGAUUCCUGCAUUUUUCUAUACCUGCCAAUGAGAAAACAUCAAAGCACACAACAAAGGAAAAGUCAGCAACUCUAAACGAAUCCUAUAGUCGAACAAACUCAUAAGAGCUGAUUCAUUGAAAGGAAGUACGGCUCCAGACACUAACUAGCAAACACUGUCUGUGUCUUCUAACCUCCCCCCACCCCCCAGGGAGGCCGGGACAUUGACUUAUUUAUCUAACCAGCUGGUCGGUUUAUGGCCGGUGUUCCUUCCUGCUGUAUCCCUGCCAUAUCGUUUUUUAUGCAGGAUUUUUGACCAGGUAGAUUGUAACACACAUAUGCAGGAUGAAAAUGCAAACAUUAGUGUUUGUAUAUAGAUUUUACUAUAAACAUCUUAUUCCAAAUCAGUACUGGUGUUAUUCCUCCUUUCAUUAAUCCCGGGACUGUAUUAACAACUGGAGCAUGCUGUACUGUGUCCAAUUAGCAAUUCCUGACACGCUUCAUGCACUCCAUGUUUUUUUUCCGCUGAUCUGUGUUGCGCAGGUCAUUAUGGGUACGGAGUUCUGUGAACCGUGACUGAACUGCUACGGUAUAGCCUCGGUAUAAUGCAGAAACCAGUAAGGCUAGUUUCUAAAGGUAGGUGUGUUUAGCCAAAGGGGUUUUGCCAUUUCCACUGCUAAAAUACAAGGGAAACAUACAUGGGCGCUAUUUGCAUUCUUCAAAGCCGUUUGUAAUGUGUAAAAUCCGGCUAUGUAGUUUUGUUUCUCUUCAUUAUAUUUGUAACUAUUUUAAUUUACCUUGUAGCCAGUAACCAUUCAUCAACGAACUGAAUACCACUAAUGACACCCGACUCAUUAAACCAUAUAUAUAUAUCAAUAAACCUGAAAUUCCAAUUUUGAUUGUAUAUUCCUGAGCUACAAUGGUGACCGAAUUGUACCCAAACUGACAUUCAUUACAUUACAUUACAUUCACUUGCAUUAUACCGAGACUGUAAUCUUCCAUUUACUCAUUUACCCAAAGUGACUCACAAGCUGAAUAUUUACUGCAGCCAAGUAGACUGGGUGCCUUGAUAGAGAGGGUGAGAGAAGGUGCUCUUUCCGGGACCCACCACACACCAAACACCUUAGCACCACUGCGAAAAUGGACAGCAAUCAAUGCCAAAUCUCAUUAGGAAACUGGAGAUGUGUGCCGGGACGAAAAUGUUGUAUCUUACGAGGUUUUAUGGAAUGUGUAUUGUGACUGAAGCGAGGUGAAAUGCCGAUUUGUGUGGUUUGAGUUCAGAUGAGUGUCGAGUACUUGAUUUGUAACAAGUUUUUUUAUGUGAAUGCUAGGCACUUCCAAGGGAGAACUGUGUCCUAAUGAAUAAAACACCUUUAUUGCA